AUGACUAUCAAAGGCUUUUAUCUUGUUGGUCAAAACAAGGAUGUCUUCCACCAAGAAAUCCACAUCGACCAAUACCACGACUUCGAAGCUCUACAGCUCGCCAUAGCUGAACAAUACAACAUCAUCCAAGCACCCAGCAUCGGGCUACAAGAUGCCAAAGGGAACGACGUCCCAGAUCUUGACGCCGUACUCGACUGUGACGAAGACCUCGGAAUCACAGUCGACGGCCAACCGAUUCGCGAUCCCUCCGGUCCUGAAGGUCUCCCACUCGUAGGAAGUUACUACGAAGUCUUCCCCGACCACUUGGGCAACCACGCCCGUCUCUUCCAGAAAUACGGUUCCCUCAUAAAGUACGAAACCAUGGGAAAGCGCAACUACCUCACCAACGACCCCGCCCUCGCAUCAGUCGCGUUCCAAGAAUCCGCCUUCUUCAGCAAGCAAAUCGUGCCCGACCACCCCCUCGCCGGCAUAAAAGACAACCGCGCCCUAUUUAUUGGUGAUACGGACACGGACGCCUGGAGGGCCGCACAUAAGUUCAUUCCACCAGCGAUGUCGCCCAAAGCUGUGCGGCACUACACUCCGAUGAUGGAAGCCAGUGUGAAGGACAGCUUCAAGGUUUUCGACCAGCUAGAUGAGGAUGGUGAGGCCUGGAACGUGUAUCAGUACAUGUUGAAGCUGGCGAGUCAGACAGUGUUUAAAUUUGCGCUGGGCUACGAUGCUCAUCACUUUGAUGAUCCAGACAGUGGGCUGAAUGAGCUUGUUAUACUUAUUGCGCAGAGUUUGAGCCUGAACAAGAAGGUCACGAGUAGGGGCAGUUGGUAUGCGAGUUUGGGGUGGGUUCCAGGGACGGCGGCAUAUGAGUUGAAGAAUAUCCAAGGGAGGCUUUGGGGUAUUUUGAAUGAGGCGAUUGAUAAAGCCCCCAAAGGCGACACAGACGAAGACCUCCCCCUUCAAUCCGCCGCUCUUGGCGCUUCCUGCGUGGUGGACUACCUCAAGCGUGCCACCGACGACCACGGCAACAAACUUCCCCGCGACCUUGUCAUCCCAAACAUGCUCCCCAUCUCUGGCGCAGGUUUCACAACCACCUCGUCGCUCCUCUCUUGGCUUCUCUAUGCUCUUUGCGUCUACCCGGGUAACCAAGACCGCAUGGUCCAAGAACUUGUCGAUGCGGGCGUAAACGAGAACACAAAGUGGACGCCCGAACUAUCUGACGGGUUAACAUUCCUCGAUAAAUUCGUCAAGGAGACGCAGCGAUUGCACAACCCAUCGUUCCAGCCGGGCAGGACAGCGAAGGUUGAUUGCAUUGUCCCGGGUGGGUACAAGCUGCCAGCUGGAAGUGUUGUGAUCUGCGCACUGCACGCGAUCCACAACAACCCUGCUAUCUGGUCGAAUCCGGACCGCUUCGAGCCGGAUCGAUGGGGUACAGAGGAAGUCAGCAAACGGCCAAAGAACAGCUAUAUGCCGUUCGGCACGGGCCCGAGGAGUUGUAUUGGGUUUAAUUUUGCGCUGGGCGAGGUCAAAGUUCUACUUCCGGAGUUGGUGUACAGGUAUGAGUUCAGCAAGGAGGGAGAGGACGCGGUGACGUAUGAUCCUGAGUUCCAGCUUAUUCGACCGAUGAACUUUUACGUCAGGGCAAGGAAGAGGACCAGCUGGCCGGAGAAGAGUAAGGAUGCGAAGCCUUUUGCCGAGGAUUACAAAGAGGGAGAGAGGAAUCCUAUCAAGUUUUAG